CCCAUAUAAUUAUGUGGUGAACUAGGCCAACCACAAUGAAGAGUACCAGCUACGUCAGCAGUAAUCGGUCGCGCCACCCGGGCGAAGCCCAUCGCCACCAACGGAAUGUCCCGUCAGCACCUUUAGUUAAUAAAUAUCCGAUCGAUCGUCCGAUCGCCCUCUUUUUACCUUUAGCAGAGACAGUAGGUGAACGUACAAGUGCAGUGCAGGUGUAAUUAUCAAUUUAGUGGUUUAAAAGUGUUUACAAAUGUAAUAAUUAGUCUAUAAAUAAAAGAAUAGUGAAGAGUAAUGUUUUUUUAAAACUCUGAAUGUGAACUCCAUCUGAUUUUUGGCGCAGCCGUCCGGAAACGGUUGAGUGUUUUAGCGAAAUAACAGUGGUAACGGAAGACUAAUAACCUCCCGCAAAGUGAUCCCGUGGAGAAUUUAAUUCGAAACAUCAGUGACUGAAGGCGUAGCCGUCACCAGAGUUGUGGAUCCCCCGUCGCUAUUCAUCUGGAGCACCAGCGUCGUCAACCGCGAACCAACGGACACGACUGAAACCAAAACCCAUUGACUCAAACCCAUACAACCCGGAUAAACACCGUCGUGGAUAUCACUUUCAACCUUAAGCACGAAUACUUAAAGAUUCUUAUAUUUUUAGAGUUCACCAUACAACCAAAUUCCAACCAAACAGGCAAGAGACGAACCACGGGGAAAGGAAGCGGAAUACAAGAAAGAAACUUAGUCUUAAUUAGGUUACCCCUUAGUAACUGCACUGCAUAGGGACUAGCACUAGAUAGAAUAACAGAAUACUUUAAAUCCUACACAUUCACGUAAAUCAAACCAUCAAAUCAAAUUCAAAAUGAUAAAAUUUUCUUUCCUUUCAACAAUACUAGUUGCAUCAGUAAUCCAAGCACAAAAUUUACAAAUUUUUAACCUGAAUGACCAACCAAUUCUUAUUUUGAACAAAUAUCCAUGUAAAAUUCAAAUAGGUAAUUUUCGAAUAAUCCAUGAAAUCAAUAUAACAGAUUUAGAAACGACAAUCAACAUGUUAACCAAUCUUGCUUAUAAAAACAUUGACAAUCCUCUUGCAAAUAUUGUAAAACAUAAAAUCAAAAAUCUUUACUCAAAUUUCAAUCAAAUCAGGCCUAACACUCGUUACACAAGAAGCUUAGAUAUCAUCGGUUCUACUUGGAAGUGGAUUGGAGGUAGCCCCGACGCGCAUGACCUUAAAAUCAUCAAUAGCACAAUGAACGACUUAAUCAAAAGCAACAAUUUACAAUUUCAAUUCAACGAACAAUUGGGACAAAGAGUAAGAGCCCUUACCAAUGAGAUGCGGAAAAUGAUAGAAAUCAACCAAGCAAACAAGCUAAUUCUGAACGAAAUCGAUACGCUAUCGACAAUAAUCAACAUCGAUACCAUCAACAAAAUAUUAGAAGAAAUUCAAGAGGCAAUAUCGCUGUCCAAGGUAUCUGUUACCAGUAACAAAAUUCUCUCCACCCGCGAAAUAACAAUCAUCAAAAACAUUUUGGAAGAUCAAGGAGUAAACAUUGACCUACCAGACGAGGCAAUCUCGUUCGUUACCCCUAAAAUAGCAGUUAAUAAGGAAACGCUUCUCUACAUUUUGAAAGUACCCGAACUACAGAAAGAAGAAUCGAAAAUAAUUCAAAUAUUCCCAUUAAAUCACAACAAUUCUAUCAUCAAGGCUUAUCCCAAGUAUCUAAUCCAGCACAAAAUGAUACUUUACACAACUACACAUCCAGAAAAGUACGUACAACAACACUCGUACAUCAACAAAUUUGCUGAUGAUUGCAUCUACCCUAUGGUAAUGGGAACUUCAAGUCAUUGCGAAGCACAACAAGAAUAUUCCACCACAGCCGAUUACAUAGCGGAUAACCUUUUGCUUAUCACAAACGCAAAGAACCAAAUGAUGAUGUCAAAUUGUGGACCUGACAAUAGAACAAUGAACGGAAACUUUCUUAUAACAUUUUCAAACUGCAGUAUUUUGUUCGAGAAACAAAAAUUUACAUCAAAAGAAAUCAUCACCAAAACACCAGUCCUUGAUGGAGCAACAUACAAUAUCGCAAUCAACCGCAAAUUUUCAGAAAACACUUUGGAAUCCUUAGACAACAGAACACUGAAGAACCGAAAGCAGAUCCAGCACAUUUAUCUACAACAAUCUAGAAACGAAAUUUGGAAUUGGAGCUUACUCAGUGGAAUCACAAUCUCCACGCUGGUAACUAUAACCAUAAUUGUGUUUGCUUAUUUCUAUUUUAGCCACCUCACUAUGGGUAUCUUGAACAAAAUCAAGAAGAAGAAGAACAACGAGAAAGCAGUAGCCAAACACACGGAACCAGAACAAUCAGUCGUUGAUAAUACAAACGCAUGAGGACAUGCUUUUUCACCCCCCGGAGGAAUUAUGUGGUGAACUAGGCCAACCACAAUGAAGAGUACCAGCUACGUCAGCAGUAAUCGGUCGCGCCACCCGGGCGAAGCCCAUCGCCACCAACGGAAUGUCCCGUCAGCACCUUUAGUUAAUAAAUAUCCGAUCGAUCGUCCGAUCGCCCUCUUUUUACCUUUAGCAGAGACAGUAGGUGAACGUACAAGUGCAGUGCAGGUGUAAUUAUCAAUUUAGUGGUUUAAAAGUGUUUACAAAUGUAAUAAUUAGUCUAUAAAUAAAAGAAUAGUGAAGAGUAAUGUUUUUUUAAAACUCUGAAUGUGAACUCCAUCUG